GCUCACUGGCUGGCUAGGCUGUGUGUGUGUUUUAUUGAUGUAGACAACUCUGAACCAUGCUCCCAUACAUAUUACACAGUAGUGUUUAGGCCUAUAGCAUGUCUCACCCAAGCUUGUCCUGAGUGCAGAGUGUAUUGUGUAGGCCUGUGCUUGAUAACAAGGGUUCUGUGUUAGGCAUACGUGGGGACAUACAGCAGUGUUUUGGCUCUCACCAUUUUGAUGUCUGGCCAUUAUGCUGUAUCACAGGGGUGUUUACACUGCUUUGUUGUAACGCUGAAUUGUUUCAUGCUAGUCUAGUGUGUACCUUGGUUCAGGACUAGCACCAUACUAAGGCCUGGUAUGUGUUUUAACCUGUAACAACAACUGUGGAGUCAUCAUCCAAUGUGAGAAACAACUGUGGAGUCAUCAUCCAAUGUGAGAAACAACUGUGGAGUCAUCAUCCAAUGUGAGAAACUGUGCUGUAGUCAAAUCAGUGCUCGUUGAGUUGUGUGUACAGAAAAGUCAACACACGCAGAUAAAAAAUGUUUUCGAGUCGACUUUGCAGUACGAGUGCUGGAAAGAAGACUCGAGCAGACAACUUCAGUGAAGAGGACAAGAUGUUGCUGCUCUCUCUGAUUGCGGAUUACGUCGGGAUCUUGGAGAGCCGGAAGACUGAUCAUAAGAGCAACUCUGAUAAAUAUAAAGCCUGGGCAACUAUCUCUAAGAGGUUUCAUCGUAUGGCUUCCCAUCCACGUAACUUCACUCAGAUGAAGGAUUUGUAUCGUCGUCUGAAAUUAAAAGCUAAGAAGGAAGUUGGUAUUUGGUUAAAGGCUUGUGUGGACUCGGGUGCAGAUAUUCCAGCUCCAGGCUCUAAUGUCAUCCGUCCCGAUGAUACAAGUUUCCUUGUGUAUGAGAUGAUCAAACCUUUCAAAGAGGAACUCAAUCCAGACGAUAAGGAGCAUGAACGUCUACUAGCGGAGGCUAGAAAAAACAGGGAAACGAACGAAUUCACAGUUAGCAUCAAUCUUGAGAACGAAGAGAUUGAUGUAGACGAGCAGAACGAUGAAGAAAGCGGAACUGAAAUAGUACACUUAAUUGAUGCUGAUAUCGAGCCCAUACCGGUCAAAGAAGAACUAGAAUUUGAUUAUGUUCUUCCUGAUGUAAUUGAAUCAACGCCUGAAGAGUCAGGGGAGACAAUAGCGACCCCGGUUGCAGUGACCCCACUCAGAUCAAGAUCUGAACAUGUCUUACCAAAGAGAGCUGUCGUUGCCAAUAACCACCCCGUGUCCGUCAGCACUAGUAUCUUCAACCGGAGUGAUGGUCAACGCCAGCAGAAGAACUCCUCAAGCCGACCGUGGCAUUCAGCCAAGAGGAUGCGUACAUUUCCUGCUAUGGAAAGGCACGAUAUGCCACAACGGAGAAGAUUCUCAAGUGCGUUUGCAAGUCAUCGGGACUCUUGGGGGGACUUUGGCAACAGCGGGAGUUUCGUCCGUGAGCCUUCAGCGGAACGGCACAGCGAUGUAGAUGUUGACGUUCUUGAAGGAAUGUCUCCAUAUGAGUCGUCCAUGUUUCAGAUAGCGCAGACAGAGCACAAGGCUAAGAUGUUGGUAUUGCAGACAAAGAGGAGGGCAGAGACUGCUAAGGAGGAGGCUUAUAAGAUGAUGUGGCAGAAUGCUCAACUCCAGAGAGAUCUACUUCAGUUACAAUAUGAGAGCAUCAUAUAAUAUUUGUAUAUUUAUUUGUUUAUUUCAUAAAAACAUUACAAAGGAAUGUACAGUGUUUAAAAGCAGGUAAAGGUUAAACAGUUUAAACAAACAAUAGGUAAGGAGCAAGAUAUAGGAGCAGGGCUCCAACUUGACAAUGGGCCACUGGCCCGAGGCCAGUAAUUUUUAGCCUUGGCCAGUAAACUUAUGACCUGACAAGUCCAGGGUCUUUUCAUUUUAAGUUACACCUCACUACAUUUUAAAAUUUAAUUGGAUAAAUACAAUUAUCUUUCGAGACGGCCAUGGACGCAAGUUUAUGCCGAAUGAUGAUGAAUGAUCUUUCAAUUACGUUGAGUAUUGAAUACCCAUAGGAAAGUUAAGAAAAAAAUGUUAUUGCUCAAAUUUUUUACAGCUCAAAUAUGAAACUGUGUGUUCUUCAUGUUUAAAAGGAACACGUUGCCUUGGAUCGGACGAGUUGGUCUAUGAAAAGCAUUUGAAACCGUUUGUUAUG